CUUGGAAUGAGUCAGGAAAAGUCAUGAAUUUGAAAAUCUAAAAUGUAGCAGAUACCCUGAAUAAAUGUUUCACUAACUCUCAAAUUAAGCGGGAAAAAAAGUAAUUUUAACAUUUCAUUUUUGAAGCUGUGAAUGUAAUAUGACAUUAAUGAAAGAUAGUGUGCUUUGUUAAUUAUUUAUUAGUUAUUUUCCACUACCCUUCCCCCCCCCCUCUUCCUCUCUCUUCUCUUCCCUUGAUAAAAAUUUUUCGACCGGUUUUACUUUAGUUUUGCGUGAGUAUGAGCGCUCUCCUCAUUGGCUCUGUGUUAUUUUUCUAUCUUGCAUCUGGAACUGGUUGCUGUGGCGACGGUAGAGCAACAUUUGGAAACUGUUACCAUGGCAACUGAGCCGAGUUUUGUAUUAGCGGACUUGCCGAGAGAAAUCAACAGAGACCCCCUGAAGACCGCGGGAAACAACCAACAGCCUCAAAACCUUUCAUCAACUGCGGAAGGCGGCGAAAUUUCCACAUCAUCUGAAGAAGCUGCUCAAGUAGUCACUCACAGCUUCCAUCCAGAGACACAACAGUCUGUCCUGUUUCAAGCUUUAACUGCACAGCCACACUUCAUUGCUCUCACAGUUCCAAUUCAAGACAUCAAAAAACAGGAAGUUUCUUCUUCACAGGAAGUCCAGUGUGCCCAAUAUGUGGAUGAAGGAGGAGGCACCAAUGUUUUUUCAACUCUGAGUAACCAAAUGACUACAUUUUCAAUUUAUACUGCACCCGAGUCAGCAAAUAUGUAUACUCCCAACACCACAGCAUAUUAUAACACCAAUAAUAGUUCUGAAAGCUAUUCUGAAGUUAAUAUUUGUGAAGACCCUCAGUCCUUUAGUGAAGAUCAGGAGGAUGUUUUUCAUGUAGAUGGAAAUGUUACUGAGUCAGAAAAUAACAUGUCUUGUUAUCCAAGUUCUCGUUUAUCUGCAGCAUCUAUGAGAUGGUUAAUUGACAAUUAUGAAAUGUCUGAUGGGAUGAGUGUACCUCGGAGUACUAUGUACACUCAAUAUUUUAAAUACUGUCGAGAACAGAAGAUGGAGCCACUGAAUGCAGCAUCUUUUGGUAAACUGAUAAGAAUGGUGUUUAAUGGUCUCAGAACUAGAAGACUUGGCACAAGGGGUAAUUCUAAGUAUCAUUAUUACGGAAUACGAUUGAAGCCUACUUCAUCUAUUAACAAAGCAAUGGAAGACAUUGGCAACACUACUUACAGGCAUAAUUCUUUCACACAGAUGCGCAGAUUAAAGUCUGAUGCAAAGACUGAAUGUAAUGGAAAGCGCCUUUUCCAACCUGAAGUGUCUGAUAAAAAGCGCUCAUCCAAACAUGAGCUUUACCUGGGUGAUGCAUCUACAGCCAUUCCAGAUGUAGAAAUAGAAAUAUCUGUGUUACCUCAUGGAGUGACUCUAGAUAAAAUAUGUAUUUUCAAAAAUGCAUAUAAGAGACAUUGUGAAUUUAUUCUAGAAGCUGUUAUUAACUUUCAAUUUUCUGAUGUGGAAACUCUUUGGAAUUCAUUUUGGAACACUUCGUCAGAAAAUAGGAAUCAGAGUGAUUUGUCCAAGUCUUUCUUACGUGAGUUGGUGUCAUGUGAACCUGUGAAAGAAUUUAUAAAGCAAACUGAUUACCAGUUCUAUCAAAAUCUAGUCGAUGUUCUUAUACCUGACGUCUUAAGACCUAUUCCAAGUACUCUCACUCAGGCUAUAAGAAACUUUGCUAAGAGCUUAGAAGGAUGGUUGAAAGGUGCAAUUACAGAAUGUGGCGAAGAUAUUCUUAAUAUAAAACUCAGUGCCAUAAGUGCCUUCGCUCAAACUUUAAGGCGUUACACUUCCUUAAAUCACCUGGCUCAAGCUGCAAGGGCUGUAUUACAAAGUGCAUCUCAGAUCAAACAAAUGACCUCCGAUUUGAAUAAAGUGGAUUUUCGUAAUAUACAGGAGCAAGCAUCUUGGGUUUGCCAGUGCGAAGAUGAAGUCGUCAAACAAAUAUUAUUUGAAUUCAGAGAAACUCUGCAGCAUAAUAUGUGGCUGGAAGAGUGGGCAACAUGGUUAGAAAACAUUGUUCACAGAACUCUUGAACCAUACGAAGGGAAACCAUCCUAUCCUAAGGCUGCUCGACAAUUUCUUCUCAAAUGGUCAUUUUAUAGCUCUCUUGUUAUUAGAGAUUUGACCCUUCGGAGUGCUGCUAGCUUUGGGUCUUUUCAUCUUCUUAGACUAUUAUAUGAUGAAUUCAUGUUUUAUGUAAUUGAACAUUGCAUUGCCAGAGCAACUGGAACUACUAGCAUUGCAGUUAUGGGUGAAUAUUUGUGUUGUGGAGUUCCAGAGAGAUUAUCUGAUGAGAGCUCAAAUUCAAGUGAGAUUCAACAAGAGUAGUUGAAAUAAUAUGGUUUACUAUUGAUGCAACACAUAUCUA